AUGCCUGCCGGAACCGUGCCCACCAAGGAUGACGUUCUCGUUCCCGAGACUCUCCUGAAGAAGCGAAAGAACGCCGACCAGAUCCGAGCCGCCAAGGAGGCUGCUGCUGCCGAGAAGAAGGCCGCUAACGCCGAGAAGGACAAGGUCAUCUUCUCCCGAGCCGAGAAGUACGUCAAGGAGUACCGAGAGGCCGAGCGAGAGCAGAUCCGACUCCGACGAGAGGCCAAGCUCAACGGCACCUUCUACGUCCCCGCCGAGCCCAAGCUCGUGUUCGUUAUCCGAAUCAAGGGUAUCUCCAAGAUGGCCCCCAAGCCCCGAAAGGUCCUGCAGCUCCUGCGACUCCACCAGAUCAACAACGGUGUCUUUGUGCGAAUCACCAAGGCUACCGCCGAGCUUCUGCGAAUCGUCGAGCCCUACAUUGCCUUCGGUUACCCCAACCUGGCCUCCGUUCGACAGCUCGUCUACAAGCGAGGAUACGGUAAGGUCAACAAGCAGCGAAUCCCUCUUUCCGACAACGCCAUCAUUGAGGAGGCUCUCGGCAAGUACGGCAUCAUCUGCAUGGAGGAUCUGAUCCACGAGAUCUACACUGUUGGCCCUGCCUUCAAGCAGGCUUCCAACUUCCUGUGGCCCUUCAAGCUCUCCAACCCCUCCGGCGGCUGGGGUGUCCGACGAAAGUUCAAGCACUACAUCGAGGGUGGCUCUACCGGUAACCGGGAGGAGAACAUCAACGCUCUCAUCAAGGCCCAGAACUAA